ACAAAAAAUAUCACAUUACCAUGACGUCACUACGCAUGUUACCCGCGAUGGAUGUUCAUCAAUACAAUGAAGAACAUGAGCAGCAGUAUUAUAUUUCUAAAAACAAAUAUCCAACCGACAGCAGCAAUGAUCCAUUCGAAUUGUUUAUUUGUCCAUAUGAUCCAAAUCAUAAAAUUACUGCUAAGAAAUGGAAUAAACAUUUAAACGGUGAUAGAAAAAAAUAUGGCGGUAACUUCAAAACUUGUAUGUUUAACGCAAGCCAUCACAUUCCUGAACCUGCAUAUGAGUACCAUAUGACCACUUGUCCAGACCAGCACAUCAUUCGCAAAGGCCUAGAAGAGACUUCAUGGAAAUUGGCGACAAGUGUCAAUCAUAAUCCUGAUUGGCAACAACCUGAUACUGGUGACAACUGGGAGGAUGAAAUAGAUCACAAUGCUCAAGAGUUCAGCAUUAAUGUAAGCAAAGGCAUGCCAUUGGCAAUGUUGCCAAAAUAUGGUGCUGUUGCGACUGAGGGGGAGGAGGACUUCUGCGACCAUGUAGAUGAUGAAAAUGAAUCAGAAGAAAUAGAAGAAGUAUAUGAAGAAUAUGUAAAUAUUGACAGUACAUUGUCAUCUUCUGUGUUGAGAGAGGAGUUAAUCCCUGAAAAACCAUUAAACUGGAACGAUAUGAGCAAGACCCAGAAGAAGAAUCAUAAGAGAAAGUACGAGCGCCAGCAGCAAAGGAUGGCAGAAGAGGGGGUCACUGAAGAACAUUUUCAACCGGAGACUGAUCCUACGAAGUGGACAGAGGAGAAGAGAAAGGCGAAAUUGAAUGCCGUUAAGGCUGCCUAUCCGGUAUCUGUCAACAAAAUGAUGGCUACACAAUUUGAUUUCACAAGUCUGCUCAACAUAGUUUGCCAGAAGACACGGUUAAAUUUGCCAACCUACAAAGAGUGUGCACCAGGAAGCCAAGGCGGAUUUGCAUACGAGUGUCGGAUUCGAGAUAAAACGUAUGUUGGAUUGGACUACUGUUCCACAAAGAAGGACGCCAAACACUCAUGCGCCAAAUGGGCGUUGCUUUCGAUGGAUAUUUCAGGAUUGGAUGGAUCGAGUCACACUAGAGCAAAGCCUAUUCAUCCAUCGCUACGCGCUCAUUCUGCAAAAUUACGCGAAGACGAUGAACUUGGUCGACUAAUGACUGCGGGAACGUAUUCUCAGAAGAAAGCAACCGUUUCUCCAUUACGAAGACCCCAAAUCCAAAACCAGACUCAGACGCAAUCAUCUUCAAAUCUAACUUAUGAACAAACUGGACAACCUCAACAACAGCAGUGGCAGCAGCAUUCACCACUACCACCACCACAACAACAACAACAACAACAAAAUGGAGUGCAACCAUGGCAACAAUCUGGCGUAGUUGGAAACAGAGUCACUGGAGCUUCCAUACUGAGUAACAACAUGCAGUAUAUGAAUUUGGAUAAUAUUAAGGAAUUCCAAGGUUUAGAAGCAUGGACGACUGUAACAAAGAAAGGUGUGGCUACAGCUAGCCCUAGAAGUCGUGGGCGAGGCCGUGGUAGAGCGACAGCUAUGAAGCUGUGAAAAGUAUAUCUGUGUCGGGAGGAUUUGGUGCUCUCGAUGUAAAAGAGUUCAUGAUUGAUUGGUACUUUAAACAAACAUGAUCUAGUCACCGUAUUUUCUAUGAUAAUCAUAGCUUGUUAAGGAAACGCGCAACCAAGAUUUGCCAACUAUUGAGUGAAACCCAGAACUCAUUAUCCAGGACAACAAAUCUUAUAAAACAAAAAGAAAAAAACUUUGUUGUAUUUUAUAUGUGUAAAUAGAAUAAAAGUUUUAAAACCACAA